AUGGCCAUUCCCAGGGGACGCCCUCCUCCUCCUCCUCCCUCUCCGUGGCCUCCCCUCUUCCUCCUCCUCCUCUUCCUCCUCCUCCUCAUCUCCUCGCCGCUGCCCCUGCAGGCCCGGCCGCUCGUCCUCCACCCGUCCAUCAACGUGGCGGUGGUGUUCAGCGGCUCCAGCUACCAGAACGAGGUCAGGGGUCGCCUCAGCGGGGAGAACUUCGUGGACCUGCCGGUGGUGGUCAGCCCCGUGACGGUGCUGGUCAACGACACCAACCCCCGCGACCUCCUGACCCGCCUCUGCGACACCAUGGCGAUGGAGAAGCUGCACGGGGUGGUGUUCGAGGACGAUGUAAGUUCAGGUGCAGACGCACAGGUGGCAGAAGUGGCUCAGAUCCUGGACUUCCUCUCCACGCAGACAUCUCUGCCGAUCGUGGGCAUCAGUGGCGGCUCUGCAGUCGUCAUCCCGUACAAGGCCGAAGGAUCUUCUUUUCUGCAGAUGGGGGCGUCUCUGGAGCAGCAGGUCGUCUGCAUGUUCAAGAUCAUGGAGGAGUACGACUGGGGAGAGUUUGCGGUGAUCACCAGCAUGCUGCCGGGCUACGACACCUUUGUGGAUAUAGUUCAGUCCUACACAGAUACUUCCUACUUCCUGUGGAAUCUGCAGGACGUCCUGUCUCUGGAGAUGUCCGUCGGGGCGAACGAUGCGAGGACCAAACGUUUGCUGCAGCAGGUGGACUCCCAGGUCCUGCUGGCUUACUGCUCCCACGAGGAGGCGCAGUACCUGUUCUCUCAGGCAGCCGAGGUGGGUCUGCUGGGCCCGGGCUACAUCUGGAUCCUCCCAAGUCUGGCCGUGGGCAACCCCGAAAACCCUCCGCCUGUCAGCUUCCCCAUCGGAGUGAUCGGCGUGAUUACGGACCAGUGGAGGAAGAGCUUGAGGCAGCGGGUGAGGGAGGGCGUCGCCAUCGUAGCCAAAGGGGCAGAGAGCUUCAAGAAGCAGUACGGCUUCAUCCCCGAGGGCCACGGCGACUGCGACAAGCCGGGUAAAAACUCCGACAACAACACUCUGUUCAGGCACAUGCUGAACGUGACGUGGGAGAGGAAGGACCUGUCGUUCAACAACCAAGGCUUCCUCUCCAACCCCUCCAUGGUCAUCAUCGCUUUGGACCGAGAGCGACUCUGGGACAAGGUGGGCACGUUCGCCAGAGGCAUCCUCCAGGUUCGCUACCCCAUCUGGCCUCGAUACGGCAGCUUCCUGGAGCACUUGUCUGACGACCGGCACCUGACUGUCGCCACGCUGGAGGAGCAUCCCUUCGUCAUGGUCGAGAACGUGGAUCCCGGCACCGGAACCUGCGUCCGCAACACGGUGCCCUGCAGGCGACAGUCCAAUCACACGGAAAGCUUCAUGAGCCAGUCGGAGACCUACACCAAACUGUGCUGCAAAGGCUUCUGCAUAGACAUCCUCAAGAAGCUGUCCCGCACCAUCAAGUUCUCCUACGACCUCUACCUGGUCACCAACGGGAAACACGGCAAGCUGGUCCGCGGGAUUUGGAACGGAAUGAUUGGGGAGGUUCUGUACAGACGAGCGGACAUGGCCAUCGGUUCUCUCACCAUCAACGAGGAGCGUUCGGAAAUCAUCGACUUCUCCGUGCCGUUCGUCGAGACGGGAAUCAGCGUCAUGGUGGCGCGCAGCAACGGCACAGUAUCCCCAUCUGCCUUCCUGGAGCCCUACAGCCCAGCCGUUUGGGUCAUGAUGUUUGUGAUGUGCCUGACCGUGGUGGCCGUGACGGUGUUUGUGUUCGAAUACUUCAGCCCGGUCGGCUACAACCGCAGUCUGGUGAGCGCCAAAGCUCCCGGCGGUCCAACCUUCACCAUCGGGAAGUCGGUGUGGCUGCUGUGGGGCAUCGUCUUCAACAACUCCGUCCCCAUCGAGAACCCCAAAGGAACCACCAGCAAGAUCAUGGUGCUGGUCUGGGCCUUCUUCGCCGUCAUCUUCCUGGCUUCCUACACCGCCAACCUGGCUGCUUUCAUGAUCCAGGAGCAAUACAUCGACACGGUGUCGGGCCUCUCCGACAAGAAGUUCCAGAAACCACAGGAGCAUUACCCUCCUUUUCGCUUCGGGACGGUCCCAAAUGGGAGCACGGAGAGGAACAUCCGAAGCAACUACCCCGACAUGCACACACACAUGAUGAAAUACAACCAGAAGGGGGUGGAGGAAGCCCUAGAAAGCCUCAAAACCGGGAAGUUGGACGCCUUCAUCUACGAUGCUGCUGUUUUAAACUACAUGGCCGGGAAGGAUGAGGGCUGCAAACUGGUGACUAUCGGCAGUGGGAAAGUGUUCGCCACCACGGGAUACGGCAUCGCUCUGGAGAAAGACUCCCGCUGGAAGCGACCCAUUGACCUGGCGCUGCUGCAGUUCCUCGGGGACGGAGACACCCAGCGCCUGGAGACGGUCUGGUUGUCGGGCAUCUGCCAGAACGAGAAGAACGAAGUGAUGAGCAGCAAGUUGGACAUCGACAACAUGGCGGGGGUCUUCUACAUGCUCCUGGUGGCGAUGGGCCUCAGCCUGCUGGUGUUUGCCUGGGAACACCUGCUCUACUGGAAGCUGCGACACUCCCUGCACAAGUCUCAGAAACUCGACUUCCUCCUGGCCAUCAGCAGGGGUAUUUACAGUUGUUUCAAUGGAGUGGAGGAUCCUGGGCGUUCCUCCGGUUUGGCCAAACCUGACCUGACCUCCAAUUACGCUCAAGCCAACAUGCUCAAGAUGCUUCGCACUGCCAAGGACCUGGUCUCCACUGCCAAUGUUGAGAGCUCCCUGGACAACGCCACCAAGACCAUCGAGCAGCUGAGCCGUCACGGUGGCAGCUUGCCUGUUCGUGUGCCACAAGUUGCCACGGAGGCAGUACCGGGAGGGUUUGCUUAUAUUACAGAGAAUCACUGCUCUCUUCCUCAGCGCUCCCUGACGCCACCUCUGACUGCCGUGACCUCUCUGAAACAGCACAGGGGUGUAACCAGGCCAACGCCACUGCGCUACACACUUCCAACGCGCUCUGCUUCGUGUCUAUAUGACAGACCGCUUCCUGUGUCCAGCCUCAGCAGCCCCCACCUGGCCGUUGGCGAGCCGCUCCCUCAUCAGCACCCACAUCACUACCAGACCACCGGGAGACUCUACGUAGACACCCACCCUCACUCGCCCUUCAUCUCCUACACCGACCUCCAGCUACCUGACAUCUACACCUCUCACCCGGUCUCCUCGCCCCAAAGCCAGCACGUCCAUGCGGGAUUCUCCCGACGAAAACGGAGAUCCAAGAGUUUUCAGUGUGACGAUGGGGAUGUGGAGAGGAGAAACCAAGGGGACCAGGAAAAGAGUGAGAAAAGUCCCGUCUGCCUGAGUGAGCUCAAAGCCAACCACCUCCAGGACAACCACAUCUCUGCCCCGAGCGUUGACAACAUCUACUCAGAGGAGGGGAUGUGUCCUCGGGUAGACAACUACAGCUCUUGGCCCCCAGAGGACCUUGUGCUGAGGGGCAGACGCAGGCACCGCCGGCCCUCUUUUCUUAAAGCAACUUGGGGUAGCGAGCAGAUCCACCAGCUUGAUGAAUCUCAGUCGUCCCUGUCCAGCCAGUCACCUUCAACCCUGCCAGACCUGUUCCCAUGCAUUCUUUCUCCAAGCACACCUUCCAAGGCCUACAACCCUGCCCAUCUUCGAAACAACCUGUGCCUCCCAAGGAACCAGGCCUACCUCCACAUAAGGGAGGACCAGAGGAAGCCAAAUGGGCGCAAGGGCCAGAGGCUGCGCUACUCCCACUCCACCCACCUCCCUACGUAUGGAGAAGCAGUGCGACAUGGGACUGGGUUAGGGCGGGGUAUGGUACGGAGAGCCACCAGCUUGCUCAGCAGACAGUAUGCCCACUACCUGAACUCGUACCCCGGACUGCCCCUCUAUCACGGCCCCUUGGACCUGCAGCACCACAGCCAGGCUUCCAGCAGUCACCCGAGCCCCAGCCCAGUGUGCCAGCUGCUGGCUUGUGGUGGCGGGCGAUGCGGGGGCCAGCGGGCCCUGCUGUACCAGGACAGUGUUUAUGGGGCCUACGGGGUCUAUCAGGGAUCCCAGACUGGAUCAGAGGCCCAGGCAGUUCAGGGAGCAGGAGGCCAACCUGUGGGGAGCCCCUGUGUACUUCGGCCCUGGCGACGGGUGUCCAGUCUGGAAUCUGAAGUCUGAUUUUAAACCAUAAGGACCUCAUUAGAUGGAAAAUGUGGAGAUACAGAAGACUCUUAAACAUUACCACUGUGGAGAGAGUUUACCGCUUAGAUUAACGUGAAAGGGUAAAGUUAAGAUUUGAAGUAACUGUUGAUUUUCUGUUUGACUUUGU